AGGGUCUGCUCAGUGCUCACACAAACAAAUAAAUGUCCAUGGAUGUCGGUUGCAAUAGAAAUGAACAUCUUGACAUGCACAUUGGAUUCAAUAAAUAUAUGGUAAUUGAAACUGCCUCGGGAAGCAAUAAACAUAUGUGAAUUGAAAUAUGUGGCUUAAACCUGAAGAGAUAUUGCUGAAAAAUGCAUUCAAGUUAUGGGUGACGGAAAAAGGCAACGAUUAUUUCGUAUUACAAAGGAGGCGAGGAUAUGGAGAAGGAGGAGGCGGUUUGACAGGUCUCCUGGUUGGAACUCUGGAUACGAUGCUGGACUCUACGUCUAAGGUUGCGCCGUUUCGCAUUCUACACCAGACACCGGACUCCCAGGUCUACUGGUCAAUAGCGUGUGGUGGCACCAAGGAGGAGAUCAGCCAACACUGGGAGUGGCUGGAGAAGAACAUCAUGAGAACCCUGUCUGUGUUUGACUCCAGCGAUGACAUCACCAGCUUUGUGCAGGGCAAGAUCAGAGGUCUGAUUGCUGAGGAAGGAAAGGUGUCAUGCGUGCAGGAGGAUGACCCUGAGAAGUUCCGUGAGGCGCUGCUAAGGUUUGAGAAAUGGUUUGACCUCCCUCAGAAGGAGAAGCUGGUCACCUACUACUCCUGCAGCUACUGGAGGGGUCGCGUGCCUUGCCAGGGCUGGCUCUACCUCAGCACCAACUUCCUGUCCUUCUACUCCUACCUGCUGGGCUCCGAGGUAAAGCUGGUUAUCUCCUGGAAUGAGAUCUGGAGGCUGGAGAAAACGUCCAAUGUCAUCCUGACGGAGAGCAUCCAUGUGUUGGCCAAUGGAGAGGACCACUUCUUCUCCAUGUUCCUUCAUCUCAAUGAGACCUUCCUGAUCAUGGAGCAGCUGGCUGACUACUCCAUCAAACGCCUGUUUGAUAAGGAGACUUUCCAGGAAGAGCCCUCCCUCUCAGACCCUCUGCAGAUCACCAAGAGAGGCUUAGAAACGCACGCUAGGAACGAGCAGUUCCGGGCCUUCUUCAGGCUGCCUAAAGAGGAGAACCUGCUGGAGGUGUAUGAGAGCUUUCUGUGGGUGCCCUUCAGCCACUUCAACACGCUGGGGAAGAUCUGUCUUUCCGAGAGCUACCUGUGUUUCGCCAGCCAGGAUGGCAGCCAGUGCCACGUCAUCAUCCCCAUGAGAGAGGUGAUUGGUGUGGAGAAGCCGGACCGUAGCAGCAGGGCUUUGAUUGUGUGUGUGCGGGGUAAGAGGGCUCUACGGUUCUCUGAAGUCCGAGACUUUGAGCGCCUCGCCAAUGCAAUCCGCAAGAGGUGUGGGAUGACGGCCAGUCCUCAGCACUCUGCAUCAACUGAUGUCAUCAGAGGGGAGUGCCAGAACCUCAUCAAUCACUUUGAGGACAACCCAGAGGAGGUGGCUUUGAUGGUGGGACAGAAGGACAGCAGCAAGGCGGUCAGCACUGAGGCCCUCAUGACCGUGUUCCAUCCCCAGGACACUGAAAAUCUGGACCCCAAAAUGCUGAAGGAGAAGAUGAAGGAGCAGUCAUGGAACAUCCACUUCUCAGAGUAUGGCCGUGGCACCAGUAUGUUCUGUACCAAGAAGACACGAGACCUGAUUGUGCGUGGCGUCCCUGAGGCCUUAAGGGGAGAGCUCUGGAUGCUUUUCUCAGGUGCAGUCAACGACAUGGCCACUAACCCGGGGUACUACAGUGAGCUGGUGGAUCAGUCUCUGGGGACCAGCACCCUGGCCACUGACGAGAUAGAGAGAGACCUGCACCGCUCCCUACCAGAGCACCCUGCCUUCCAGAGCGACACAGGCAUCUCUGCCCUGCGCAGAGUCCUCACCGCAUACGCCUACAGGAACCCCAAAAUCGGCUAUUGCCAGGCCAUGAACAUCCUGACGUCAGUCCUUUUGCUCUAUGCAAAAGAGGAGGAGGCUUUCUGGCUGCUGGUGGCCGUCUGUGAGAGGAUGCUGCCUGAUUACUUUAACCGCAGGAUCAUCGGUGCACUGGUGGACCAGGCGGUGUUUGAGGAACUGAUCCGAAUGCACCUCACCCAGCUGACGGAGCACAUGACAGACCUGACCUUCUUCUCCUCCGUGUCCCUGUCCUGGUUCCUCACCCUGUUUAUCAGCGUCCUGCCAAUAGAGAGCGCGGUCAACGUGGUCGAUUGCUUCUUCUACGACGGCAUCAAAGCCAUCCUGCAGCUGGGCCUGGCUGUGCUCGACUACAACAUGGAGGGCCUGAUCAGCUCCCAUGACGACGCUGAGGCAGUCACCAUCCUCAACAAGUUUUUUGAUAAUGUUACAAAUAAGGACAGUCCUCUUCCACAAACAGUGCAGCAAAACUCUGUAGGGAACAACGACAAAGCAUCAUCCAUCUCCAAGGUGGACGUCAGUGAUCUCAUCAAAGAAGCCUAUGAGAAAUAUGGAGACUUGAAAUCAGAGGAAGUAGAGAGCAUGCGGAAAAGAAACAAACUAUAUGUUAUCCAAACGUUAGAGGAUACAACCAAGCAAAAUGUGCUGCGGGUAGUGUCACAAGAAGUAAAGUUCAGUGCUUCCCAGCUUGACGAACUUUAUGUAUUGUUCAAGAGGCAACAUUUCCUCAGCUGCUACUGGAUGAUGAACAGCCCAGUGCUGCUGCACCACGACCCCAGCCUGGCCUAUCUGGAGCAGUACCAGCUGGGCUUCCAUCAGUUCAGCCUGCUCUUCUCCCUCCUGGAGCCCUGGUCCCUCUGCAGCGGAAAGGACGCCCUCUUCCUCUGGGCCUUCCGCCUGCUGGAUGAGAACCAGGAUGGCCUCGUCAACUUCAAAGAGUUCUGCUGUGCCUUGGACAUUUUGUACAGCGGCACUUUCACCAACAAACUGAAAUUCCUGUUCAAGCUUCAUCAGCCACCAGUGUCUGAUCUUCCAGAAGAUGGCGUGAUCAGAAAAAGCCCUGAAAGAGGCAGAGGGAAAGUGGAUCUGCAGGCCUACCUGAAACAAUGGCAAGAUGAGAUACUAAAGAAAGAGGAGAGCAUAAAGGAUUUACCCAGAAUUAACCAGGCUCAGUUUAUCCAGUUUUCCAAAACGCUCUACAACCUGUUCCAUAGUGACCCAGAGGAAGAGUCUCUGUACCGUGCUGUGGCUCGAGUUACCAGUCUUCUGCUGAGAAUGGAAGAAGUAGGGCGCAGGCUCCAGGAGCCCACCAGUCCCCAGAAGUCCAGCACUAGCCCCAUCCAGGCUGCCCUAGAGGGGGCUCCACCUGACGGGGAGGCUUCCAGCACUCCUGAGAGCAGCUCUGACACCCCUAGCACUCCCAUCACUCUGGAGGCAGGCUCCAUCCCACAGGAGGUCGAGUGGUCAUUCGCUUUUGAGCAGAUCCUGGCAUCCCUGCUCAACGAGCCUGUCCUUGUGCGCUUCUUUGAGAGGCCUGUAGACAUUCAAUCCCGGCUGGACCAUGCCAAGUGUGCUCAGUUGAAAGCCAAGACAAACAAGUGAAGGAUCCACUGUGGGUUUAACCCUCUUAUCAAAGCCAUUAAGUCUCUGUUCACUAUCCUCUCUAUUUUCUACUGUUAUUUCUCCGCCUGGUCAGGUAACAGGAAAGGAUCCUAAGCCAACCCUGUUCACUGUAACCAAACGUAGAAAUAUACUUGUAUAAAUUCCAGUUGUAUCUUGUAGAUUCAUAGUUUGUCCUGUCAUCUGCACACCAGCGAACCUGCUCAAGCACCUUGCUUCUAUGUGCCAGAGUGGUUUUUCUCAUGCAGCCAUAAAUCUCUCAGCUAAUUUUCAGAAACACCAGCCUUUCAAAUUGGGGGGAGAGUGAUCAGUUGACCUGUGUGGAAUAUAUAGGGAGCACCCUCCAGGGUAGUCACUUGAAGCCAACAAUGGAAGUCAAUCAUUGCUUGAUACCGGUGCAUGUAGAUGGGAUUAAUAAUUGUAUAUGAGACCCUUACUGUUGCUCAUCCAUAAUUAUGCAAUGAAUGGAACCUAGAAUGGAGAGAUGAAAGAGGGACCACUGUUAUUGUAUUUCUAGGUUUACUUUGUAAUGAAGGGAUGUGGCCAGUUUAUUUCUGGUCAUUUUAUGGAGGGGGGCUUUUGAAAACAAUGGGACCACUACUUACUAAAUGCCCAAGAGAGUGCUGAAUAGUUGGAAUUCUACAUUUCAGUUUUUUUUAUGACAUAUCUUAUGUUUUUGUCUUCAAAUAUCCAUUUGUUUUGCUGAAAUAUCAUGAGUGAGGGAACAAGCGCAUGUUGUCAUUGCCAAGUCAAAUCACUUUCAGGACACAAACUAAAAACUAAUUGUAUAGUUGUUGUUGAGGCAACCACAAAUGAGGACAUUGUGCAAUAUUUAGAUUCUAACUAAUGUCUGAGUCUAAAGGAAAUUAAGUUAAUGUAUAUAUAAUUUGAUAUACAGAAGAAUAUACUUAACUGUCUUAUGAUUUAUAUUAUCUUGUUUGAUAUUGUACUUAAUUGUAUUUAAUUGAGUUUCAAAGGAAUUACUAAAUAUUUGUCAGAAUAAAUGUUAUAUUUCUAAUGUUUUGUAACAGGAAAUUCUUGUUAUGUUUGAUUAUAUUUGUCAGACUGCAGAAAAAAUAUUUUCACGUGCAUAACUAGUAGUGUAUAUCCUGUUACACAUUCCUUUAUAAAUUGUUAGACUUUUUUGAAAUGCUGUUAAGCAUGAAAGGAUGCAUGGGCAUGGAUAAAUUAUGACAAUAACUAAUUAUUCCAAAUGCAACACAGUUGGCUCUGAAUGUGUUACUUUAUUUCUAGGUUUGAUGUGGUGGACUGUAAAAUGCAGGAUUUUAGUCAGAUGUUGAUUGGGAAAAAACCUGCUUCAAUGUCCUUUGAGUAGUAUAGAUAUUUCUAUUUUACAUGAGCAGUUAUAAAUAUUUAUUUUCAAAAUGAGUCAGGAAAAGGACAGCUGAGCAACUUUUACAUGAUUUGUAUUUUCUGUAUUUGAGCGUUUUUCCUCAGUGCCAUCUGUGUGUAAAAUCAAACCUUGCAGUUAUAUUAUAGUCCUCUAAAAUGAUAUUCCUUGUUAUAAUAGAUGCUAAGGUUAAUAUAAAUGUCACUUUAAAGCAUUUACUUGACAGCACAAUAUCAUAAAAUAUGGUCGAUAUGUAGCUACUUUGCAGUUUUUUUAAUCAAUCUAGUAAUGAAUACUUAUUCAUGGGAGAGCAAGUGUUACUGUUUAAAAUUAGCAGUUUACUCUACAUUGCAUUAGUAGUGACUCUUGAGUGUGAAGUUAAAUUCACCUGUGAACAAGUCAACUAAAUGAAAGUCUUAACAUAUUUGCAGGGAAAUUGCCAUUUGAAAUGACACAGUUCUCAUGAUAGAUUGUUGUAGACUACACUCACAUUUAGAAAUAAAGAGACAUUGUCUAUGGGCUUUAUCAGUUAUGCAGUAGACAUCUGUAGUCAGAUUUUUAUCAACUUGAUGCAAUACAUAGGAUAAUGGUGUACUUAUUACCAGUGAAACUAUAUUACGUGACCUUUUAUUUCACCUUUAAGCUGUUUACGCUUUAAGAUGACUCAUAGCACAAAUGUAUUUAGGCCGACUUAAGAUAACUUGUAAAUGUAAUGGCAUUGUUUCCAAUUAAUGGUCUUAAUUAGAGUACUCUCAUUUAAACACAUUUAUAUGGUGACUGUCUACAGUCUGUGUACUGCCUGUUUUUGUGGGAGGGGGGGGGGUUCUGGAGGAAAAUGAAUCCGUUGAAAUGUUAUGUCAUUUUUGAUCUGCCUGUGCCUACCACAAGUGACACUAUGUGAAUGUCAAACGUCUUGAAAUGAAAUAAAGUUAUAAUAAAAAAAUCUGA